AUGGGCUUCAAGAAAGUACCUGAUAGGGGAUCGGAUGAGGAGUUUCCCAAUGUUCGGGAGGCCUCCUGGUCUAGUGGGGCCAAGAAACGAAAGAGAGGGCGGCCGAGGAUCCACAAACUUCCUGCAGAAUCAUCAUCAACAAACCUCCCUCAAACACCGACUUACUCUUUCCAAAACCAUGAACACAACAUUCUGGAAGAAGAAAUACCUCAUUAUCCGGGAGAUCUAACUGAUCAGCAGGUACUUGAUAACCUGAGACAGCUAGAUGACGACAGAACGGGAGGAAAGUCUCAAAAUGAUUACCUGAGGGAAUGGCUCCCGAAACGAGAGGUGUAUCUUGGAACAAUGAUUGGAGGAGAAGCCCCGGAUCCGGAUCUGAAUGGACGGUGUCAGCAAUGUCAAGGAAUGUCUGGAGUGUGGAGAUGUUGCCAAUGCUUUGGCUCUAGAAUUUUGUGUUCUGAAUGCCUGCGAAGAAACCAUCAAUUUACACCUUUCCACCGCGUUGAGAAGUGGACGGGUCUAUAUUUCCGUCCGGGAGCUCUGUGGGAAGUGGGUGUCAAGUUGUAUUUGGGUCAUAAUGGGAAGCGGUGUCCUUAUCCCACGGAUCCGAGCCAUCUAGGAUGCGACGGCGGAAACAAUUCAUCCGGGAGUCAUGGGCACGGCGGAAACAAUUCGCCCAUCUUUGAGGAUGAACACGGAUUGGACCUGGAUCCGCUUCCUGCGAGCAAUGACCAAGAAUCCUUUACAGCUCAGCUUCUGGCGGACCCAGAGGUACCCCAUUUGGUUGAGCUGGACGAUGGAGACGAUGAAGACGAUGAUCUAUUCGAGGAAGUCGAUACAACCUAUCUGGACCAACCUCGUCCAAAGGCAGCAGACAACAAUGGAAUUCCUUUCAAGGCAAUUGUGCACACCUCCGGAGUCCAUUAUCUGCCCGUGCGAACAUGCACAUGCCGGUCCGUCCGCCUUCCGUCUAUCGAUUUACAGUAUCUGGAGAUGGGAUUAUUUGCAGCCAGCUUUGAAAACGUUCAAACUGUGUUCACAGUUGAGGUCCUUGAGGACUUUCGGAUGGACAACCUCGAGUGCAAAACGUCGGCUUAUCAGUAUUACCAAAAGUUGCGAAGACUGACUUCGCCAGCGUUUCCAAAAAAGGUGCUGAACCGCUAUCGUGAAUUGAGAAGGCUUAGUAGAGAAUACAGGGACCUUGUCCUGAGACGACAAUACGGAGAAGGGCAUACAAGAGAAGCGGUGGUCCCUUACUAUCAUCAUUGCCAUGAUUCAUCACCAGAGAGGAUGGGUAUUAAUGUAUCUGAUCCAAUUGAUGGCGGAUCUGAUAGUCCGUCUCAAGAAGUCGGAAUGUCAACGGACCCGUCUCUGGGACACGGCGGAUUAGAUGGUCCGCCUGCACCACAAAUGACGCGGACCAAGGAUCAUCCCAAAGUUGAAGAUAGGAGAGGGAAGUUGGCCUUAUUCUGCCCCGCCUGUCCACAGCCUGGAAUAAACCUACCCGAUACCUGGAUUGAUGAUGCUGACAGGCAAGUUUUAGUUAUUCUUCAAGGUUAUGUUGCAGAUGGUAAUUUCAAAGCAGAUCACCUCAAUCAGAAAAACGAGGGAGACGAUGUUUGGUUGAGCGUUGGAGAAGGAUACAUGACUGCUCUGGGCCCAUACAAGGAGCACAUCAAGGAAGCAAUUUCUCUUGCUCCACGUUAUAAACGGACGGAAUGUCUUUACAACUACGCAUCCACCUAUGUCCCGGGUGUGGGAAUCAUUGACGGAGAAAUCCUGGAGCCGUUGUGGUCCGUGUUAAAUGACACAUCCCGGAGUACACGUUCCGCUACCACUGCCCAUCGAGCAGAGGUUUUGGACGACCACAUGGGGGAUUCCAACUGGAAGAAGACCAUUAAUAUGGCUGCAACAAUUGCUGCAAAGUUCAAACGGGCACGGGAACAGUCCGGAAUCACAGACCGAUUUUAUAGGGGUAUCACGGAUCAACAAGAUUCCGGGCUCAUCAACACUUGGGAAGAUGAAAUUUCAAAAGCAGAAGCGGACCGAGAACAAGGUGUGGCCGACGCUGUUGGCAAGGUAAUGGCAAGCAAAGUGAAAACGGCUGCUGGACGCCAAGAAAUUGAAUUGCAUCUUUCAAAUAUGGAACUUACAUCUAAUGGUGCUACUGGAAAGGCAGCAUGGAUAUCAUCCGGCUUAAAACUGGAGCAAGCGCAAUUGGAGCUCAGGGACCAUGUCAGAAAGCUCGGAAAGCAUCCUUCCACCGCGCAGAAACUUGACUUGGUCAAUAAACGUCGCUCCAUGCGGACCCGCGUUGAAGCCUUCUGUCGAUCUGCUAUGACCUUCAUGGGCGAAGAUGUCUUGGAGGAUAUUCAAGGGGACAUCGCUCCCAUACUUGACUAUGAAGUCAGUGACAACGACAAUCCUGAUCUUGGAAAUGUCAACAUUACCUGCGCGGAUCCGGAACAACAGCCGCUUCCGUUUCCCUCCGCCGUCAAACAAGAUUUCUUUGACGGCCUUGACGCGGGAACAAACCUCAUUUUAAAAGGGCUUCGCAAACUUGAACUUCAAAUAAGACAUGGCCACGCAGAGGACUGUCUGGAAGCGGUCCGGUCAGCCUUGAUCCAGCUUUCUUGGCAGUAUAAAUAUCAGGGCUUCUUAGUCUUCAGGCUAAACUGGCUCCGCGCGCGAGCUCAGAGGAAUAGAUGGCAAGAGGAGCUGGCCUUGACAAAAAAGGAAAUGGAAUGGACUGUCAGAUUUUAUGUGUAUAUGGCAAAGACAUGGCGUGCACGGCAUGAUUUUGUUCCUGACAGGGCAAAUGCUCAAAAGCAGAUUGCCAUGUGGAAUGAUCUGGGGCGGGCCGCGGAUAAGGUCUUCCGUCAAAUUAACCCGGAGUAUCCAUUAACCAGUUCUUUGAACAUUCUUGUUGUAUCCCAUCUCGUUGAAUUCAUGCACUUACCGCGGCUUUUUAAACCUCCUGUCGAGGACAAACAUCAUCUCCUUACCUAUGAUGAGCGACGUGCUCUGGCCAAAGUUCAUGUCCAUAUUUGUGGUGCACGGAUCCGUGCCAGAUACCGUUUGUUCAUUGCAAACGAAGACUCUGUUUCCUCCGUGCGUCGCCAAAAAUGGAUGUAUUUGCUUGACCUGGAGGUGAAAUUCUCAAUCAGAGCCUGGUCAGCAUGGGAAGAUGAUGAAAUUUUAAAUCAGACCAAGAGCUGGGGAUAUUGGUGGAGGGACGGAUUUGCUGAAGGCGAUGAGUGGCAAGUUGCCUUUGUUACCGUUGAAUCCCAAGCAAGAGAAUUUUGGAACAAGGUGGUUCUGCCUGAAUACCAACAAGAGGUACUCCGGCUAAAUAAUCAGAGGAAAGAAGCUAAGGAGGGCGCAAGUUCAUCCACCUCUGGGCCUCCAAGAAAUCAAGAAAACAAUCCCAAGGGCAAGGGAAAGGUGGCUGAACGGACAUCCGUCCCCACCUCAGGGAAGCACGGAUCCGCGUUGACGGGAAAGCACGGCUCCGCGUUUUCACCGCCCACGGGGAAACCCAAUCCGCCGACCCGUGUUGCAAACACGCGGGAUGAAACAUCCCCAAUUGCAAUUUCUGACCACAGACCGCCCUACUGUCCCCGCUGCGGUCAGCCUAUCCUAACGGGCGUAAUGAGGGAGUUGGCUCACCUGCGCCGGAAUGUGGCGGACAAAAUGAAGAAUGCCCAUAAAGCAGUGACUACUUCUUCGGCCGCCUUGGGCAGAUAUUCUGUAUUGGAGAAGAUGUGGAUUGACUCUAAGGAGCUCCCGUUCUCUAACGGCAAGGGGCUUUCAGCCAAAUACAAAUUUCAGCAUCCCGUUCACCCUUCUCCUAACAGUUGGGGCGCUAUAACGGCUCAAGCCCGGUCCUUCGAGGUCUCAAAGCUCAAAGUCGCUUCAUUUUACAUCAACGACAUUUUUUAUUCUUUUAUUGCCGUCAAGGAACUACCUUUUCAUCCACUCUGGUAUCAUUCGCCACCCUCCAACACUGCAAAUAUUCAUCUCCCAACAGAUACUCUGCCUACGCCCGGUUCCGUCAGCCCUCCGUCAAAUGCACACACCAGCAAUGCCUUCCUUUUUAACGCAAGGUCAAGACCUGUUUUCCCGGGAGAAGAGGAUGAUAUUGAUAGUACGUCCGAUACCACUGAAUCCUCUACACCAGCUACGUUUUUAGAGCAUCUCGCACAGGACUUUGAAGAGGAGGCGGAUGAGGAGUCUUCCGCCGGUGAUACGACGGAGGAGUCAGAUGCUUCCGGUAACUCGGAAGAGCUUAGCGAGGACGUGUCGGAAACACCCUGGGAUGAGGAAUCUUAG